AUGACUGGAUUCUCGUUCAAGACUCAUGGGAAUGCGGCAGUUCUUCCCGCUGAUAGCACCCUGACUAUCUCACAUCCUGAAUGGGGUGCCCAUAUAAGGUCCAGGGUCACCGCAGAUACCCAAGGCUGGGUACAAGUUCCCAUGGGAUUUCAAAUCCCAACCGAUGGAAAGAGACUCGAACUCAAGUCAGUCGAGGUUACCUACGCCACAGGCUGGAAAACUAUAUUUGAUGGUAUUCAGGUCUAUAUGGGACAAAAGAAAAUCCUGAACAAGGUUGAUUUCGGUUAUUCGACUGAUAAAGAAACUACCGUCAAGUUUGACAUCCCUGGAUCUUGGCCAAUCAAUCAAGGAAUUUCAGUUUCGUUACUUAUUACGAUACCUAGCGGGACAGAUGAACAUGGACGCUGGGCGACAAUUUCAUCAGUUGGGGCCUACUUCGCACAUGCUUAG